AGGCUGAGUUGGAUACUGCCGAGGGCUGGCACCCUUACCUCAUCACUGAGGCGAGCCGGCUGCUCGCUGAUGUGAGGCCCUAAUUAAUCCCAAGAAGGGAGAGAAGGAAAAGUAGUGAGGACAAAGAGAGGAAGGAGCUCGUGGCUCAGACCUCCUCCUAAUGUUUUGUAACCCAAAGGUGGUGAGAGGCAGCGUUGAAGAAUGUGUGGGCGAACGUCCUGCCAUUUACCUAGAGAUGUUCUCACCAGAGCCUGCGCCUAUCAGGAUCGGCAGGGCCAGCAGCGGCUCCCGGAAUGGAGAGACCCUGACAAGUACUGCCCGUCCUACAACAAGAGCCCUCAGUCAAACAGCCCAGUGCUUCUGUCUCGACUGCACUUGGAGAAGGGUGCAGACUCAUCUGAGCGUAUCAUUGCUCCUAUGCGAUGGGGCUUGGUUCCAUCUUGGUUCAAAGAAGGUGAUCCUUCCAAGCUGCAGUUCAACACUAGCAACUGUCGUAGUGAUACCAUAAUGGAGAAACGGUCCUUCAAGGUGCCUCUUGGAAAGGGAAGACGCUGUGUUGUUCUAGCAGAUGGAUUCUAUGAGUGGCAGCGAUGUCAGGGAAACCAGAGGCAGCCAUACUUCAUCUACUUUCCCCAAAUCAAAACAGAAAAGUCUGGCAGCAUUGGUGCUGCAAAUAAUCCUGAGGACUGGGAGAAAGUUUGGGACAACUGGAGGCUACUAACAAUGGCAGGGAUCUUUGACUGCUGGGAGCCACCAGAGGGAGGAGACUGCCUGUAUUCCUACAGCAUCAUCACAGUGGAUUCCUGCAAAGGCUUAAAUGACAUCCACCAUAGGAUGCCUGCCAUUUUAGAUGGAGAGGAAGCAGUUUCUAAAUGGCUUGACUUUGGUGAGGUCUCAACUCAGGAAGCUCUGAAGUUAAUCCAUCCCACAGAAAACAUCACUUUCCAUCCUGUCUCUCCCGUGGUGAACAACUCCCGAAACAACACUCCUGAGUGUCUGGCUCCUGUCGACUUACAGGUCAAAAAGGAACUCAAGGCAAGUGGCAGCAGCCAGAUGAUGUUGCAGUGGCUUACCACAAAGUCACCCAAAAAGGAAGACCCCAAAAUACCCCAAAAGGCAGAAUCAGAUGUGCCCCAGUGGUCCAGCCAGUUCCUGCAAAAGAGCCCAUUUCCUACCAAGAGAGGUGGUGCUAGACUCCUGGAGCAGUGGCUCAAACAGGAGAAGGAGGAGGAGCCAGUGGCCAAGCGCCCUCACAGCCAGUAAAGCAGGACUUUGAGAGACCAAGGUCAUGGUUUGCUGCACUAAAUACUGUUGCUGAUAACAGAUUCUUGCAUUGUGUGUAUAUAGACUUGUUUUGGGAGGAGGUAGCAUAGUAUUAGUUAACAGUUGUGGGUUCGUGGGGGAGUGGCUAUCCUGGCUGUGACCAGGAAUUCACAGUGGAGAUAUGGACAGCUGGGAAGGGGAGGGUCCACCUCCAUCAACUCUUAGGGGUUCAUUAUGCCUGUAACCCUUUCUUAGUAGGACUGGUGGAGCCUUCCCUCAAAGCCUGACCCUGCUGGCAGUUCUCAGCACCUGACCUGGUGCUGCUAGCAAAAGGCUGUUUUCUGUUCAGCCUUUGGGUUCUUUCAGUCUUUUGGAAUUAAGUUCUUAACAUGUAUUUUUUUCUGAAUAAAUUAUAUUUGAUAAACUGUC